AUGUCUUUUCGGAUCAGCGAGAUCGUCUCUGAUUCCGAGUUUCACGAACUAGUAGAAGUCGAGUUCAUUUCCUUCGAACAUCCCCGAAAUGCAUUCCGGGAUUUAUUCUACCCCAUCCUUGGCACAGGACCAGAUGCGCGCCAGCAAGCAAUCAAAGAGGCUACCAGUCGCAUCAUUCACAAUCACAGAUCCAACCCAUUCAGUCACUGGGUUAAGGCUAUCGACCCUCAUUCAGACCGGUUGGUAGGUGCUGCUCUGUGGAUAUUCUUCGAAUCGGAUCCUUACACCGGUAAGCCGCUGCCAGAAUGUACUUGGUGGCCACAGGGCGAAGGCAGAGAAUUCACGACCCGUUGCCUCAUGCAUGUGAGUAAAAUGCGGCUGCUAUGCUGCAGAGGCACGAAAGCCGUAACUGACGAGGAUCAAUCAGAUUUGAACCUUUGUUUCGUCCACCCCGACUUUCGACGACAAGGUGCAGGAAGUCAACUUCUCGCAUGGGGUGUGAGUAAAGCGGACGAACAAAAGAUGGUAGCUUAUGUGGAUGCCUCGGGAGAUGGGAAAGCCUUGUACGAACAAUUUGGCUUCGUUGCGAGUAAGCAGGUUACCGUCAAUUUCACGAAAGAUAACCCUGGGGAGCUAUGGAAGAGACUUGAAAAGAUCUCCCUUCCUCACUCAUUCUGGCCUAUGUCUCGACCAAAAUUGGCAGAAGGAUAA